AUGUUGGAUAUGGGAGAACGCAAAGAGGUGAAAAUGAUCCCCAAAUCCUCCUUCAGUAUAAACAGUUUGGUGCCUGAGGCCGUGCAAAGCGACAACAACAACCAGCAGAACCAGCAGAACCAGCACCUCCUCCACCACCUCCAUCCCCAUCCCCAUCCCCAUCCCCAUCUCCAUCCCAUCCACCGGCCCGGAGUGGUGGAGGAACCCGAGCAGAAGGCUCCUCUCCCGGACGCCAAAGCGGACCCUAAAGGAGACUCCUCCAGCCAGGAGAGCUGCACGGAGGAGAAGCAGCAGGAGAAGCAGGAGGAGAAGCAGGAGGAGAAGAAGGAGGGGAAGGAGGCGGAGAAGAAGAGCGGCAAGUACGAGAAGCCUCCGUUCAGCUACAACGCGCUCAUCAUGAUGGCCAUCCGGCAGAGCCCGGAGAAGAGGCUCACCCUCAACGGCAUCUACGAGUUCAUCAUGAAGAACUUCCCGUACUACCGGGAGAACAAGCAGGGCUGGCAGAACUCCAUCCGGCACAACCUCAGCCUCAACAAGUGCUUCGUGAAGGUGCCCAGACACUACGACGACCCGGGGAAGGGCAACUACUGGAUGCUGGACCCGAGCAGCGACGACGUCUUCAUCGGAGGAACCACCGGGAAGCUCCGGAGACGCUCCACCACCUCCCGGGCCAAGCUGGCCUUCAAGCGUGGAGCUCGGCUGACCUCCGGGCUGACCUUCAUGGACCGGGCCGGCUCCCUGUACUGGCCCAUGUCCCCGUUCCUGUCCCUGCACCACCCUCGUCCUGGCACCCUGGGCUACAACGGGACCUCCUCUGGGUACCCGGGUCACCCCAUGUCCUACAGCACCAUGCUGACCCAGAACAUGAGCAACAGCCACCCGUCGUUCCCGGCGUCCAACGGGCUGAGCAUGGACCGGCUGGUGGGGUCGGACCUCCCGUAUGCGACCCACCACCUGACGGCUGCGGCCCUGGCGGCCUCUGCGGUGCCCUGCGGCCUCUCGGUGCCUUGCUCAGGGGCCACGUACUCCCUCAACCCGUGCUCGGUCAACCUGCUGUCCGGGCAGACCAGUUACUUUUUCCCGCACGUCCCGCACGUCCCGCACCCGUCCAUGAGCGCUCAGGCCUCCCGGGCCUCGGCCUCCAGUUCCCCGCAGGCUCCGUCCUCCUCCUCCUCCUCGUCGCUGCAGUGCGAGUCCCUGAGGCAGACUCUGUCCGGAUCCCUGCCGGCCUUCUCCUCGGGACUUUCUGGAGGUUUGUCUGACUAUUUCACGCAUCAAAACCAGGGUUCGACCUCCAACCCGCUUAUACACUAA